AUGGAGCCGCUGUACUGCAAGGUGGUCCUGCUUGGGGACAGCAAGGUCGGAAAGACAUGCCUACAAUACAGUUUUGCGAAUGGACUCGAGUACUUGGCAAGGCAUCGGGACUACCACAGGGCCGCCGUAGAGAACUAUGAGUUGCUUCUUCCCAUCAAUGACAGAGAUAGCGGGGCAGACGGUCCGCUAGCCGUGAGGUUAGCUCUCUGGGAUAUCGUCGGGUGGGAGGACUUCGAUGAGCGUCGUCGCAUGUGCUACCUCAACGGUGUGGCACCUGUUGAUGGAGCUGGGGACGGUGAUGAACACGCAGGUGUCUGUGAGCCAAAGGCCCUGUCGUCGCUACUGCAGUGUGAUGUUUCAGUUUUUAUUUUGUGCUUUGCGUGGGAUAACCCACACAGCCUUACAAACGUGCAGAUGCGUUGGUACCGCGAACUUCGUCGAGUGCAGCAGGCAGCGGCAUUUCUGAGAAAUGGCAACCACUGCAGACCAUUCAGUGUAGUUCUGUGUGGCACCAAGUUUGACCUGAGGGUCGAGGCGGACAGGCGCGGCAUCACUGAGGGAACGGUAACGUGGGAGCUGGCGCACACUGUGCAGCAGGGCAUUAACGCUGAUGCGUUAGUGGUAUGCAGUGCCAAGACAGGCUUCGGAGUUCGAGACGUGUUCCACACCGCCAUGUUGUUGUGGCUUCAGAACCAGCCAGCGUACAUGAAAGGGCUGACACCCACUCCCUCUCGAGAAGCUUUGACGAUAAAUGACGGGGAUGAAGUUCAUCAUUUACCCAGUAAGCGGCACAUCACAAAACGGUCUUGUCGGCUUUUGUAA